AUGAUUACGAGGAGUCUCACGAGGGCUCCUGUCGGUCGCCCGGCAUGCGUUGGACUGUUCCAAGCCCGGAAUGGACCAUCGUUCAUUACUGGCUCUAAACCACCCUCGAGGGUGUUUGCGACUUCGCAGAGCCUGCUCUUCGGCCAUUAUGGCUCAAACAGCCAGAGCCCGGCCGAACCCCCGAAAGGCGUACCCAAAGCAGCCCCGGCCCCGGCGAAGAAGGCUGCCACGGCCUCGAAAGACCCUCUAGCUACGGUGGAAAAGUCUACGCAAGAGCAGAGGAAGGCGGACUGGGCUAUAAUGAAAGAGAUGGCCCAUUACCUAUGGCCCAAGGACAGCAUGUCAACGAAGCUUCGAGUAGGCCUGGCUGUCACGCUCUUAGUUGGCGCCAAAGUGCUCAAUGUACAAGUCCCAUUCUACUUUAAGAGCAUUGUGGACUCGAUGAACGUAGACGUGGGAGCCAUGGGCGGCAACGCAGCCAUGAUCGCUGGCAGCAUGAUCUUGGCCUACGGUGCUACAAGGAUAGGAGCCACCGUCUUCCAAGAACUUCGAAACGCCGUUUUUGCGAGCGUCGCCCAAAAGGCCAUCAGAAAGGUCGCGGGCAACGUGUUUGACCACUUGCUGCGGCUAGAUCUCAACUUUCAUCUCACGAAGCAGACCGGGGGCCUUACGCGAGCCAUUGACCGCGGUACGAAGGGUAUCAGCUUCUUGUUGACAAGCAUGGUCUUCCACAUCCUGCCCACAGCCUUGGAGAUUGGCAUGGUCUGCGGAAUCCUGACCUGGCAGUACGGCGCCAAAUUUGCUGCCAUCACUGUCCUCACUAUGUCUGCCUAUACCGCGUUUACCAUAUGGACAACUGCAUGGAGAACCAAGUUUCGAAGACAAGCCAAUGCAGCCGACAACAAGGCAUCGACCAUCGCAGUUGACUCUUUGAUCAACUACGAGGCUGUCAAAUACUUUAACAACGAAAAAUUUGAGGUGUCCCGGUACGACAAGGCUCUGCUGAACUACGAAAAGAGCUCGAUCAAGGUCGCAACCUCUUUGGCGUUCCUCAACAGCGGGCAGAAUAUCAUUUUCUCUAGUGCUCUGACCGCCAUGAUGUAUCUCGCUGCGAAUGGGGUUGCGGCAGGUUCCUUGACAGUUGGUGACCUAGUUAUGGUUAACCAGCUCGUCUUCCAACUAUCGGUGCCUCUCAACUUUCUCGGCUCCGUAUAUCGUGAGCUGCGUCAGUCACUACUGGACAUGGAGACGCUUUUCAAUCUUCAAAAAGUCAAUGUCUCCAUCAAGGAGGCGCCUAACGCCAAGCCACUUCAGUUGGUUCACGGCGGCCAGAUCCGCUUCGACAAUGUCUCUUUCGGUUACAACAAGGACCGGCCGAUUCUUCAAAAUCUGAGUCUCACUAUCCCUGCUGGGAAAAAGGUUGCUAUCGUUGGGCCGAGCGGGUGCGGCAAGUCGACACUCUUGAGGCUUCUUUUCCGGUCCUACGAUGUGGACAGUGGACGAAUCCUGAUUGAUGAUCAAGAAAUCAAAGAUGUUACAUUGGACUCUUUGCGGAGGUCCAUUGGUGUUGUUCCCCAGGAUACUCCACUUUUCAACGAUACUGUCGGGCACAACAUCAAGUAUGGAAACAUGGCGGCAUCAGAGUCCGAGGUCAUAUCUGCUGCACAACGAGCCCGGAUCCACGACAUCAUCGCAAGCUGGCCCGAAGGCUAUGACACAAAGGUGGGUGAACGAGGCAUGAUGAUCAGUGGUGGUGAAAAACAGCGACUUGCUGUCUCCCGGCUGCUGUUGAAGGACCCGCCGCUGCUGUUCUUCGACGAGGCGACCAGUGCGCUGGACACACAUACCGAACAGGCCCUCAUGCAAAAUAUCAACAGCAUCUUGAAGGAAAAGGCCAGGACGAGCGUGUUCGUGGCCCAUCGCUUGCGGACUAUCUAUGAUGCAGACUUGAUCAUUGUCUUGAAGGGAGGCAGUGUUGCCGAGAUGGGAACGCAUCAAGAGCUCAUUGACCGUGGUGGCCUCUACUCUGAGCUCUGGAGCGCCCAGGAAACGUUGUUUAGCGCAGAUGAAGACAAGAAGGUUAUCGUGGGGGAUAAUGUAGGUGCCGGUGCAGUAGACCCCAAAGGGAGCCGCCCGCCACGUUGA